AAUGUCAUAGACUGAUAAAGAAUUGAAAAGGAUAGAAGAAUUGGAAGAAUAAGUUAAUUAAGCUUUAAAGAGAAGCAGAUAACUUGAUGAUAGUACUAAAUUUGAUGAAAACUUUUUUAAAUAAGAACUAAAAGAAAUGUAAGAAAGAUGUUAGCAAAAUUAAUAAACAAUGAUUAGAUUAGAAUAAAAGUAUUUAAAAACAGGUUAUGAAUUAAAAAAUUCUGAUAUAAUUAGAGAGAGUAGUCUUGAUAAAAGUUCAGUUAAAUCAAAGAGUUUAUUGGAAUAAAAAAAUUAAUAAAUCUAAGAACUCUAAAAAAAGUUAUUUGAUACUGAAAGAUAAUGCAAUUAAUAAUUAUCUGAAUUAAAUCGUAGAAAUCAAUAAUUGGAAUAUUAAAAUCAAUAAUUAUAAGAAGAUUUGUAAAAUCUACAAAAUCAACAAGAAAAUAUUCCUGAUGUUAUGGAAUUACAUAGAGCCCUAGAAGAAUUACAAAAAUAAUAUCUGGAUCUAUAAAAUAAAUUAUAGGAAACUAUGAGAAAUGAUUAACAAGAUUAUUAAUAAAUAAAAUAAGAAUAUGAAGAAUAUUAAUUAUUAACAUAAAAUAUAAUUAAUCAAGAAGAAGAAUAUUAAAGAAGGAUCUGUGAAUUAGAAGAAGAAUUAUAAUAAAGUUCAACAUUCUAGUAAGAAUUUAUGAGUAGAAUGAAAUCCAAUGAAGAAUUAUAUUAAUAACGAUAUAGAGAUUUAAAAUAAAAGUAUUAAUAAUAAUUAGAUGAUCAACGAAAGAUUUUAGAUUAAUAAAUUGAUGAAUUAAGGGAAUAAAAUAAUUUCCUUUUUGGAUAACUCUCAAAUGCAGAAUGUAAAAUUUAAUAAUUAGAAUUUGAAAUUUAAAGGAAAAACAAUCUUUAAACUUCAAUUCAUUAAGAUAAUAGUGUUGAUUUAUAGGUUUCAAGAAGUAAAUCAUUUUCUGCAUGUCAUGGAGUUCAAAAUGUCAAAACACUUACAGAAUGUGAAAUUAAUUCUAAAGUUAAACCUUAACAUUAUGUUGGGUGUUAUAGUAAAGGGAAAUCUUCUUGUACUUAAUAAUCGCAAUCAAUAUCUAAUAAAUAAGAUUAAAGAAAUGAUUACAAAUAAUAUGACUCAAGACCUGUAAAAUAAAUUAAUAUUUCUAUUGAAAAAGAGAAUAUUCAAACAGAUACUCUAUCAUCAUAUAAUAAAAUAAGAUCAUAAUCAAAAGAAUAACCUAUUACAUAUAAAUAAGUAGCUGAAUAAAGGUCAGCUAUUCUCUAUUCCAAAAUACCUAAACCAAGAAGAUGA